CUCGUCCGCCACCACGUCGGCCGCCGCCACCGGCUCCACGACGCCCAACCCCAAGACCCCCUCCAGCCUGCUGCGCAAGUGCUACCCGUCCAGCUCGGCGCAGACGCCCUUCCUGCCGUCCAGCCGCCUGGAGGACUGCCUGCCGCCCUGCUACCACGGCGCCAAGAACAUGCCCAAGCUCAUAAGGGACCAAAAGAGGAAGCUGUUCCACAGCUCGGUGUACGACUACGAGGUCCAGCUGAAGAAGCUCUACAUACAGACGUGUCAUCGCCUGCCCGCCCACGGCUGCCGAGUCUACCCCGUCAAGGAGCUCCAGCGCGGAGGCAAGACCAAGAAGAAGACCGCCAGACUGCUGGGGCUUGGUCCGCAGAAGAUCGUGUUGCUGGACAACAAGACCAAGAUCCUCGCCAAGUCGCAGGAGACGACCGACCUCGUGCAGUGGCGUACCUGUGGGGGCCGCUCCCAUGACCGCCUCCACCUGGAGUUCCGCGCCACGCGCUGGUCCCUGGUCGUGCCCACGCCGACGGACAUGCGCGACGUGAGCAAGGCGCUCUGGGAGAUUCUGCAAGAGCUCGACAGCCACUUCCUGGAGGACCACUCCUUCCUGUGUCCGUCGGGCCCGUCGGGCAUCGAGAAGCGGCCGCUGUUGCCUCCCCAAGUCGAAGAGCUGGAGACCCUGCUCAAGCUCCUGCACUUCCCCGAGGAGGUGGCCCUGCGCCUCGCCGAGACCGAGUACCACCUGUUCUACCAGGUGCAGCCCAUCGACUACCUGCGCCACGUCACCCUCGACCUCGGCGUCGGCGGCGGUGGGGCCGGCGGGGGCGGUUCCGGGGGCGGUGCAGGAGGGGGUGCGGGGGCGGCGCAGGCCAGCCACGACGACAGCAAGCCGUCCGUGCGGACGCUCAUCAACAGAUUCAUUCAGGUGUCAUCAUGGGUGACCAACCUGAUCAUCUCCCAGCCCACCCACGAGGAGCGCAAGGCCUUCUUGUCGUGCAUUCUGCGCGUGGGGCUGUCCUGCUGGAACAUCGGCAACUUCAACGGCGCCAUGGAGAUCGUGGCGGGACUAAAGUCCGAGAAGCUCAAGCCGUUCUGGCUCUCCAUCACGGAGAAGGAGUCCCUGCCCGUGCUGGACUUCCUGUCCGCGGCGCUGCUGUCCGCCGAGUACGAGCGCGCCCUGCACCGCGCGCUCGCCAUGCCCGAGUGCCGGGUGGUGCCGUUCUUCGGCGCCUUCCUGCGCGAGCUGCGCGACAUCGUCCAGGACACGCCCAGCCUGGUGGUGCUCGCGCCAUCGUCGACCUCGCCCUCCCCGACCGGCGGCCCCGCGGCCGCAGGCCUGGGGGCGGCGGGGGGCGGUGACGCGAUCAUGGGCGGCCGACUCGAGUUCAUCUCGGACUACAACGGCGAGGACCACUUCUUCACGCGGAUCGGUCACGGCGGCCUCAUCAACCUGGACAAGGUGUACCGCACGCAGGCCGUGAUGGACCGCAUCGCCUGCUUCCACCAGCACUACCACGCGCGCCACCGCGACCCCGCGCCGCACCGCGACCCGCACCGCGACCACCUCAGCAUCCACACGGCCUCCAUCGAGCGCGGCUACCUGGUGGACGACACGGAGGACCGGCACUACGCGCUGGAGCUGGACACGUACCGGCCCGUGCAGCCGCUGGCCCACGACCACGGCGUGUCCUUCUUCCCCAUCUCCAGCUCCGGCAUCGACCACCACGUGCUGCAGGUGCUGCACCACGGCACCACGUCGGUGCACUGGGAGCCCGACUACAACUCGCGCACGGCGCUGGUGUACGUGCGGCUGGAGCGGUCCUGCGGCACGCUCACGUGGGGGCGGCCCGCCUGGUCGGGGCUCAGCAAGGCCAGCGGCUCCGGCAGUGGCUCCUCCGGGGCCGACUACUGCCUGUCCGCCAACCCGGAGGAGACGGUGGCGCCCGGCCUCAACGCCAAGCUCAUAGCGCCCGCGGGAGAGAUGGCCAGCGUGUCCCUGGAGGAGGGUUACCUGGACCUCAUGGCCGUCAAGGAGAUCGCCCUGGGCGUGCGCGACAAGGACAAGGAGCCCGACCUGGCCAACGUGCUGAAGCGCUACAACAUGGAGCGGCUGCACCCCCAGGACUGCUGCCUGGCCCUCGUCUUCGGCACCAACCUGUCCGACAACCGCGUGCUGUACCUGCUGUGCCCGCCGCAGGUCUGCCAGAUGUGGUACCAGGGCCUGAGCCUCGUGGUGCGCGGCAUCAAGCGCCAGAUGCAGCUCACGGACCGCCGCAUGCUGUGGCUCAAGGAGCAGUACCUGCAGCUCUACUUCGACGAAGUCUGCGCCGGGCCCAUGGUCGCCGACGCCAUCCGCGUGUUCGGCGGCCGCGACUGGACGCUGGCCGGGACCGUGAGCCGCAUGUCGCCGCCGGACAACGGCACGCUGCGGCGCGGGGCGUCCAUCAAGUUCAAGAAGAAGAAGUCCAUAAGCAACAUCCCGGUGCUCAAGGACCUGACGCUGAAGCAGGCGGACGCGGACGGCGCCGCUUCCUGCCACUUGCGGCGCCCCGGCGUCGGCUCUGGCGGGCCGUCGCCCACCCCCGGCACGUCCCCCGCCAUGGCCAUCAACACGCCCAGCCGCUCCAGGUCCAUCUCGAGCGACAUGGAGGUGCGGCCGCACCCCGCCGUGGCCAGCCCGCAGGGCUCCUCCGACAACCUGGACAAGAUCUCGUCGUGCAGCCCCACGCACCACAGCCUGCACCGCGCGGCCGGCAAGGGCGGCGCCAGCGAGCCGCUCUGGAGGCACUUCCGCCUCGGCUCCAUCACGCAGGAGACGCAGCUCGACUUCGCCGACUACGUGUCCCUGUUCCGGUCCUUCAGCCUGCGCGCCCGCAAGGACCUGCGCGACCUCUUCGACAAGCACGCCGUCACCUGCAGGUCCAUGUCGGACUCUUCCCUCAACGACGCCAGCGCCAAGAGCAGCCCGGAGCACGCGCCCAAGCCGCCGCAGCGAAUAGGCCUCCUCACGAGGAACAGCUCGCUCGACAUGACGGAGCUGAAGAGCUGCACGACCAACCUCCAGAAGAAGAAGAUCUACGACGCCAUCGCGGCCGCCUCCAUCGUCAACAACUGCGCCGGCGUGGACACAUCCAAGAGCCAGGUCGUGACGCUCUCCAACUUCAUCAAGUUCCUGGAGACGGAGCAGCUGGACCAGCGCACCGAGGACGAGGUCCGCGAGCUGGUGCAGCGCCACGAGCCCGACCCCAUGCUGCGGGCGCAGUGCUGCCUCUCGUUCGAGGGCUUCGCGCGAUUCCUCAUGGACAAGGACAACUACGCCUUCGUGAGCGAGCGCAUGUCGCCGGACGACGCCGACAUGGAGCAGCCCAUGUCGCACUACUACAUCGCCUCCAGCCACAACACCUACCUCACGGGCCACCAGCUCAAGGGGGAGUCCUCGGUGGAGCUGUACAGCCAGGUGCUGCUGACGGGCUGCCGCUGUGUGGAGCUGGACUGCUGGGACGGCGACGACGGCACCCCCCUCAUCUACCACGGCCACACGUUCACCACUAAGAUCCCGUUCCGCUCCGUGGUGGAGGCCAUCAACAAGUCGGCCUUCGUCACGUCGCCCUACCCCGUCAUCCUGUCCAUCGAGAACCACUGCUCGCUGCCGCAGCAGGCGCGCAUGGCGCACAUCUUCCAGUCGGUGUUCGGAGACAAACUGGUCUCCAAGUACAUGUUCGACACGGACUUCACGGACGAGCCGCAACUGCCGUCACCCUCACAGCUGCGCAACAAGAUCCUCAUCAAGAACAAGAAGCUGAUGGUGGACGUCCCGCCGUCGCUGGGGCUUCCCCGCGGCCACGCGCCCGCCCCCUCGACGCAGCACGGCCUGGCCGGCCAGGGCCCUGGGGGCGCGGGGGCGCACGCGCGCGGCGCGUCCACCAAGCAGCCCAGGGCCUCGUCCAUCAUCUCCAACACCUCGGGCGGCUCCGUCAACGACUUCUCCGACGAUGACGACGACGACGACGAUGAUGACGAUGACGAGAACAUCGAGGGCCCGGCGCGCACCGACUCCGUCUCCAGCCACGACAGCACGCUGCAGACGCUGCAGACGCUGCACAAGACCGACGUGGUGGUGGUGCCCGGCCCCAGCGGCCGCAUCGACUGGGGCAUCCCCACGGAAGACGAGUUCGGGCCGCAGAAGCUCAAGAAGCAGUCCUCGCAGAUCGCAAAGGAGCUGUCGGACCUCGUCAUCUACAUCCAGGCGAUCAAGUUCCGGGGGCUCAACACCAUCUCGCCCAACAGCUCGAUCAAGAACAAGUCCAAGCCGCUGGCCACGGCAGGCAUGGCGGCCACCAAGAUGAUGCACAAGGCGGCGGCCGGCCUGGCCACGCAGCCCGCGCUCGUGCUGGCCUCCAGCGCCUCCAGCGCGCCGGGGACGCCGCCGUCGACGGGGCAGGCGCCGGCGCCCGCGGGCAUCGCGGCCGCGACUGCCGUGGCCGCGGUGGAGCCCACGCGGACGGGCCGCGUCAGCCCCUACCACCCCUGCUACCAGUGCAGCUCGCUCAACGAGAACAGCGCCAAGAAGCUGUGCCGCAAGCAGCCCAUCGCCGUGCUGGCCCACACCGAGACCCAGCUCAUGCGCACCUACCCGGCCGGCAUGCGCAUCGACUCGUCCAACUUCAACCCCAUCGUGUACUGGUGCUUCGGCAUCCAGAUGGUGGCGCUCAACUACCAGACCGAGGACCUGCACGUGCACCUGAACCACGCCAUGUUCGAGUCCAACGGGCGGUGCGGCUUCGUGAUGAAGCCGUCCCUCAUGUGGGACCGGUCGCACAUGAUGUACCGCCGCUUCAACCCGUACGACAAGGAGUUCGACGGGCUGCACUCGUCGCACGUCUCGCUGCACGUCAUCUCGGGCCAGUGGGUGUGCCCCAACGCGCUGCUCACCAGCGUGCUGGUCGAGGUGGAGGUGGUCGGCAUCCAGGCGGACUACGCCAAGCAGCGCACCAAGAUCGUGCAGCGGAACGCACUGAACCCCAUCUGGAACAACGAGUUCACGUUCCACAUCAUGUUCCGGGAGCUGGCGUUCCUGCGCUUCACGGUGCAGGAGGCCGCCACGAGCCACAUCCUGGCGCAGCGCGUGGUGCCCCUGCGCUGCCUGCGGCCGGGCUACCGGCACCUGCGCCUGCGCAGCAUGCAGAACCAGCCGCUGCCGCUGUCCACGCUCUUCAUCUACUCGCGCAUGGAGGAGGAGAGCGUGGACUACAACGGCGCCACCAUGGAGGACGGCGACGCGGCGGCCGAGGAGAGCAAGAAGGCCGUGUCGCUGGUGCCGCUCAAGAGGCGCAUGUUCUUCCUGAUGGUGCACGGCGUGGUGCCGGAGGAGCCGACCAUCCUCAAGAUCACGCAGGAGUCCACGACGCACGAGGUGUUGCUGCAGGCGCUGCAGAAGGCGGGCCUGGGCGCGGACAAGGUGCACGACUACAUCCUGGUGGAGGAGGUGGCGCGGUCCUGGGAGAAGAAGGGCAAGGAUGAGCCCGCGGCGCAGCGCGUCCUGGACGUGGCGGAGCGGCCGCUGCAGGCGCAGGCCGCGUGGCAGGGCGAGGGCCGCUUCCUGCUCAAGCGCAUCGGCGACGACCCGUCGAGCCGCGCCUGGCUGUCCUCCAUCCGCAGCACGGCGUCGGCGCGGCGCGCGGGCCAGCAGGGCAACCCGGCGGAGAGCAAGACGGAGAACAAGACCUGGGACGAAGAGGACAACUUCAUGGUGUGCGUGUACAACGUGUCGCCGGAGAUCCCGUACGCCAUCCUGAAGGCGCCGCGGUCCGCGUGCGCGCAGGACGUGCUGGCGCAGGCGCUAGUCAAGGCGCGUCGGCUCGAGGACCCCGCGCGCUUCGUGCUCAUGGAGGAGCUGGAGUGGGGCGUGGCGGGCGCGGCGGGCGGCACGGCCACCAAGCAGAACCGCGUGCUGGCCGACGAGGAGAACGUGUACCGCACGCAGGCGCACUGGGAGACCAUGGGCCGCUUCAUCUUGCGCGAGCGCGACGAGGUGACGCCCCAGGCGUCGCGGCGGCACCGCGUGGGCUACAACCUCCGCACCGCCACGCAGAACAUGGUGCGCAAGGUGCUGGACGAGGCGCGCUCCACCGCGGCCGGCGUGAGCGCGGCCAAGGAGAAGACCCCCGUGCAGGAGGCGCUGUCCGACCCGCUGGCGCGGCAAAGUGGGUCCCACACGUCCCACACGCGCGGGGCGCGGGGCGGCAGCGCGGGCGGCGCGGGCAGUGCGGGGGUGUCCAGGGCGUCCAGCCUCGCUCAGCGCGGCCGCGAGGUGCACUCGGAAGGCGAGACCCUGAGUGACGACGACGGCCGCGACGGUGACCUGCGCUCCGCCGUGUCCAACCUGAAAAAGAUGUCGCUGAAGAAGCUUCGGGUGUGGAAGUCAUAGCCCGGGCCUGCCUCCGGGGACGUCCCAACCCCCAGCACCCCCUCCAUGUCGAGGCCGCGGCCGCGGGCGUCGCUGCCCGCUCAGCCCGUACUCAGGAGGCUGUCCUGGCUCUGGAAGUGAGCACCCCCUUGGGGCACCCCCUUGGGGCACCCCCUUGGGGCCCCACCUGGUCAUCCCUUUCCAAUGCCCGCCGCCCCGGAGGCAAAAGUGUGGCCCUGAGCAACUGUGAGUUCGACACACAGUGGCGUAUCUCAAGCUUGGGUCCGAAAAAAAUUAACUUUCGUGAACAGUAGAAACGUGAAUUCAGCAAGACUAAGACACGAUGAGGACACUUGAUUUGAGUGGACUUUUCCUCGUCUUUCUUUUAUUGAAUCUCUCCCAUUCCUCUUACUUUACCCCUCUUUCUCAUUAAUUUAUGUGAACCAGAAAGAUGUAAUUUUUGUUACGGUUGUUGUUAAUGUUGUUGUUGCCCAUUCUAGUCAUAACAAAACCUUCUGUGAUACUUUUUUAUCAACACGUUUAAGUACUAUAUAAUUUAAUAACACUUUCCUCUGUGUGUCAGAUUUUUUACCUAUUUCCAUUAAAGCACUUUAAUUUAUUCUUCACCUUAUGAUAAGCCCCUACUCCCUGGUGGAGUAGUCUUUUUUUUAAAUCGCUACUUGCAUCUAUGUCAGUCUCACUUUCUUGUUUCAGCAUUGGUGACUGCAAACUCAAAGAACCAUGGAUUUUAAAUGUAAAUAUUAAUUGUUAUUAAUUUAUUCCUGACAUUGAAUUUUUCCUUCAUCUUUGUUGAAACAGGAACACUGUGAUUGAGCUUAUAGUUUACAUAUCUCUUCUUGUCCUUUAUGUACAUUACCUAACAAAUUCAAUUGUGAAUUUUCCAUUUUUCAACCUGUAGAUUUAAAUGUAAUUGUCAUGUUUAAGUGUGUUGCAAUCUUUUAAGCCUUUUAUAUUACAUAUGAAAUAAAUUCUUGAUAAUAUUAUAUAAAUUACUCUAUAAGUAUAUAUAUAUUUCGUUGCCAUGUGUGCUGCAGAACCACCAAACAUUCGUUGUUAUUAAACUGAAUAAUUUUCUCAAUGAA